GUCAUCAAAUUGUACCGCGAGCAUAUUGCUCAUUUUUUUUUCCUUUUUUUCCUUUUCUGGGUUGAGACGAUUCCUUAUAGCGGAUUUCUUUUUUCUUUUGGUGCAGGAAGGGGCUGAAAUCAGGCGGUGGUUAUGAUGGGAUCUCCAGUUACACCACAAGAUGUUCUUUCAUCUCUUAUGAAUGAUGGCACCUUUGAUGCUUUCAGAGCUAAGAUCAUCAAUCAACUCAAGACAAAUGAAGAGUUAAAAAAAGAAACAAUAUCUAUGGUAGAGAAGAGCAAAGUGCUUAAUACUACUGGGGCUGAGAACAAGUCAAAAAGAGACCUAUUUGAUGGCUUGCGCAAGGAGCUUGAAACAAAGGUACUCAACAAGGCUUCAAAAUCAGUAUGGGAAUUGAUUUUAGCAGAGGAUGGGUUGGGUAAAGAAAUAAAUGAUACAGUUCAAUCUGUUUAUUAUCGCUUAAGUGGACAAGAGCUACCAUCAUCUUCUUCUGGAAUUGUUCAUGUUCCUACACAUGAGGAAAGUGGGUCUAGCAAAAAGAGAACCUUCUCAGCAAUGAAUAGUAAUGGAGCAAGUGAGCCAGCAAGUCAUGUUCACAUGAACACCUCAAGCACUGGUCGACAAACAGUUGGACAAUCAAUCUCACAUGGAAAUGAACAAUCACACAUGGGUACCUCAGCAGCUGCAACUACUCAUAUGGCUACCCCAGUUUCUGGAAGUGCGCUAGCUACAAAUUCCCAGACUGCUCCAUGGAGUGCGAACCAUGCUCACAUAAAUGCUACAAGUAAUGGUCGACAAGCAAUUGGACCACCGGUGGUACAUGGAAAUGAACAAGCUCAUUUGGGCGCCUCUGCAACUGUAGCUAAUCACAUGGUUAAUCCUAUUUCAGGAUGUGCUAUAGCUAUAAAUCCUCAGAGUGCACCAUGGAAUGUAAGUCAUUUGAAAUCUUGAGUCUACAAGCAACACAGAUCACUAUUGAUUUUAUGCUGGCCUAGUUUAGCCUCUCAAUUUAUCUGGCUUUGAAUUGUAAAUACAUCGUUAGUAAUCAAAAGCAUUAAAUCAUUGAUUUUCUGCAAGAUAGAUGUGGUUGGCAGCUUGCAGCAAAUGUACUCUCUAGUGGCAGUCAUUUGUUUUACAUUCUAUAGUCCAAUUGCGAUGUUGCAUUGUGUAGUGCUUAUGAUAUUUAGGUGGAGGAGGAUGUCAGCCUGAUUUAUGGCAAACAUUUCCCAUGCAAUGUGACCUCCAAGAGUUUGGUUGAUGUUGUUCAGACUUCAGACCAAACUGAUGUUUUCUGUUUGAUGUAUUAGAAAUAUUUUUCAAAGGGAUGGUUAUGGGAUGUAACAGAUAACAUUAAUUUAACUGUUUUCAUACAGCUUAUUUUUCA